CACACCCCUAGGGUUUUUGCGCAUGGAAUGGCGGGGGGGUGCGCCUUACGCGCCGGAUCGUGCUGCUUCUGGUGCCGAGAGCGAUGCAUCGCCAUCGCUAGGCAAGCGCAAGACUCCGUCGGAACUGCGGCGCGAGCAACUCAAACGUGCCAAUAGCCAGGAUGCUGGCUCAGCGCAAAGGCCCGACGCACCAAAGCCGCCGAGGUUUUCUGAGACGCGCGCUUCGGAUGUGUGUGCUCCUACCAAGUCUGCUGAAAAGCCCAAGUUUAGCUUGUCCAAAUACAAAGACGAACACUCUACAAAAGGGAAAGAAAUUAAGCAGAAUCAAGGAGAGGCAUCGACGAGCAAUUCAAAGUUCAAGAAUGUCGCUGAGCUUUCUUGUAGAAUACAGCAACCACAAGCGUCUCCAGCCGUGGACAUGGCGGAAGCUAUAAAAGCUCUUGCAGUGAUCAAGGCGCCUGAGAAAGUUCCUCGUCCAAUUAGCAGGUCUUCAUCCGCGCCUGCUGAAUUUGACAACCAGAGGACGAAAAAACUUCCAGUAUUGCCACUAGAUCUCACUCUAAAGCUUACUGCUCGUUUUCUUUCCUGUACAUCGUUUCACUGGUGCCAUAGGUUUGGUGUACAAAAUCAGUUUCAAGGGUUGAAGCAGUUUAUACAAUCUGGUCUAGGCGUAGAAAAUCCACACGGUCACAAAGCGUCAGAAGUCGAAAGUGAUUUUUGGAAAGGCCUGCAUUCCUGGGUUUACCCUCAGCUUUCAUUUCCUCCAGAAGUUCUUUCUGCCUUAAUGUCACCCGCAGCUCGCGCUGCAGGAAGCUCUUUUUUGGAACAAAGACAACGUGACUGGGAAGAUUCGUUUCAUUCUCUGUACUAUGCAUUCCGGAACAAGCUCUGCAACAUUUUUUACUUUUGUGGUUCCCAAUUUGUAGUAGCAUUCUUGUGCGGAAGAUCACAGGAGCAAAUUUGUGCGUAUCUCUCAAGGUCAACUCGUGGACUUCGUGCUCUUCUUCAAAAACAAGGUGUAAGCUUUUCAAUGCCUUUGUGCAAACUGGACUCAAAACCUGCGUCAGCAGAAGAGCUUCAAGAACUCUCUGCGUUUGAGAAGUUGAAUCCUGGGCAGACACGACUGGUGGACUCGAUGGCUGCAGUUGACAAUAGCGUCCAAUCUCUGCUAGCUUUUAACGGAAGCCAAAGCGUCCACCGCCUGUAUGAUUUCCUGUUGAACUACAGAUUUUUUGUGGGAAGCAUGACUCGUGCUGAUGUACCUGUACUCUAUUCCCCAGUUCCCUUUCAUAACGCAUCGUUGAAAGUCCCCGAGGUGUGCAGUAAGCAGAUGCAGGUCAUUGACGGAUCUGCCGUGUCCACGAACAACUCGUACAGCCUUGAGAUAAAAGCUACGUGCUUGGCACCAUGGGUGAUUUCCAGGCUGUGUGUUGCCUUGAGGAGGCUCCACAAAGAGACUUUUGAAGUAAGUUUCACUACAGAGCCACUCAGCGAAGGUCUCAACAUCGCGCAGCUUCACGAGGAAGCUGCAUGCAACGAGUUGGGCUUCGGUCUGGCUUCAACAUUCGCUUCGGGGUCGAUCAGACAGAUCAAGUGCAUAGACGGUUCCUACGUGGCUACAGUAAGCUAGUAAACGCGUAAGAAUUCCCUUGCUCUGUUCGCCACGUCUUGUAGCAAGGGUAGUCAGGUGGCUGGCCCUCCAGCAUCCACGUGUAGAUAACGGUUCUAAAAUAGUUUAAAGAUCAAGAUUUUGCGGA